AGCAAAUCCUUAAUGAGCUUUGCAAGGAUGGAGAUGUAAGGGUGCUAAGCACAGCAUCUGCAUUGCUCCAAGCAGCCCGAGCUGGCUGUGGCACAGAGUCUCUUUGAGCCACAGAAGGGGUGGGGUGAUGCUGGGGCACCCAAGUGAUGGGCUGGAAAGAGCUUUAUCUCUGCCCAGCCUCACUGAGAGGAAGGAAAAGGAGGUUUGAAACUUGUGGUGGCAUUGCAGUGAGGUUUCCUGCAGUGGCAGAUGGGAGCUGUCUCUUAUCUCUGAGUGUGAAAUGCCGGAGACAGAUGAUGGCAAAUGCUGAGAUGCAGUGGAGGUUUGGGAGGGCACUGUGGAAGGAAGGGCUGCCCAAGGUCCAGAUCUGGCCCUGGGCAACCUGCUGCCUGCACCACACUUGCACAGGUCUCCUCUGGUCUUGUCUUGCAGGGGAAAAUCUGCGCAGCGUUCUCCUGCCAUGGGGAUGGAUGCUUCAAAGGCAAGAAGAGCACGACUAGAUGCUUUGUUGGGCAUGAUUUCUGCGAGGUAUGGCUGGGACAGGACAGGGGGGAUGUGCUGCAGUCUGUGUGCAUCCCCUCAAUGCAAAUGCCAGAGGCUGAGCAGGACCAGCAGAUGAAUCUCUCUCCUCCUUCCAGAUGAAGAAGACGGGCUUCAAUUACGUGGCAGGAUGCAGCAAAGCCUGCAAGGCUGCCAAGCCUGUCUGUGCCCAGGGGGUGAAGGCUGCCUGCUUCCAGGAGUGCUGCCCCGCCACCAUGAAUGGCAGCUGCCUGAAGCUGGAUGGCAAAGUUCAUGUGAACGGUGCUGGGCAGGUGGCUGUGUCCCCACUGCUGCAGCUCCUGGUGUGGGGGGCAGCCCUCCUCCUGAGCUGCAAGGCCUCCACUCCCCUACAUGGGUAAACAGCAGACCUGCAGCCUUUCCCCUCCUUGAUUUCAGCUGAGGUCACUAUCAAACACCCUCUGUUGCAUCCCCAUGCUUGUAGAUCCCUGGAGUUUGUAGAUGGUGACUUCUCCCCCCAUGCAGGUGAUCCCCAUUACACGUCAUCUCCAGGAGCUGUGAGCUGCAGCAUUGCACCUCUGUACUGCAGGGAUGGUGGAUGCUGGAAGGAGAGACCUCAGGUAUAGGAGUGAGAGGGUGCUGAGCCAGCUUGGAACCCAGGAACCUCUGCCUUGACCCAAGGCACAGCUUACACAAUGUAGUUACAACCUGUUCGCAGCUGUCUGAACACCCACUUAGUUUCUAAAUAAUACCUCCUGUCCCAGUAGGCUGUGCUGUUUUGUCUCCAGAUCUUGGGAAGGGAAAUGGGGCUGAGAAGCGUUGUGUUAGACCUCCUGUUUCAUAUCUGUGAUUCUCUAUGGGUAAAAGUAGGGCAGAGACAUGAAUGUGAGUCUGUAACAGGAGCUGGUCCCUGUGCUCCCAGCCUGUUCCUGCAUCACAGGCAGCUGGUAACGGCUCUGUGGUGCCACUGCAUAAACACAUUCUGUCCUCUUCCUGUUCUCUUUAAAGAAAAUAAUAAAAUAAUAACAAUAAUAAAGAAGCAUCAGUCCCUUGGCUCGAUGUCAGGCUGCUUUGGGCACAGCUCAGCUCGAUGGAUGCGAUGGGAAGGGAAUCCCAGCCAUAGGGCUGUGCUGGGACAGCAGCAGGAAGGAUGGCUUUGCUGGGAGCUCCACGCAGUGGAUGUGGGGCUGAGGGCAGGCAGUGUGCAGCCAUCACCAGCCCCUCCACGCUGCAGUGAUGCUGCACCAAAGCCAUGCCACAGCCUGGGCUGUGUUGUCACAUCAAUGUAUCAGCAGAAAGUGACAACAGGACGGAGCUCUUGGAUAUUCCUGUUUCAGAACCGACUCGCAGAACCACGUUUCUUGCAGGAGCGCUCUGGAGUUUGUAGCUGAUAUUUCUCACUGUUCUCCUUUCAUUUCCUCUUUGCAGUCUUUUAUCUGCUCAGCACCAUUGCCGAUAAGGGAGCAGAAAGCACGGGCUGCUGCUUUUUCCGUAUCUGCCCGACUUUUGCUGUUACUUACAGCGGAAAGAGCUGACUCACAGAGCUCCCCUGUUGGGCACGUCAGCGCCUGCUGACAUUUCCCAGCACCUGCUUUCACCCUUUGCACCAGUUCUUUGCAUAAUUAAAGCUCGGAAGUCAGCUGGGUCACGACAUUUAACAAAACAUUCCAGGUGCUACCGCAAACAAGAGCCCUUCCUGAUGGCAGUAGGAAGUUAGCGGCUCUGCAUUGCCGCAGGCCCGGCUCUGUACACGCAGUACCCUCAGCCUGAGGACGCUCCGUGCCCCCCCCUCGCCCGUACUCCGCUUCUGCUCAGCCUUUCUCGCCGCUCUCCCGGCUCUCCGCCCCAUUAACCAAGCAGCAUCCCGUUUAAAAAUCCUUCCCGGUCCCAUCCAGCGGAGAGGGAAAUGAUGCUCGGUCGCUUCCUGGCGCUUUGCGAGCCUCUGUCCGGGCGGAGGGCGGCGGUUCCGGCCGCGGUGAGGAGCGCCAGCAGCGGCUGCCGAAGCCCGGAGAUCCUCGCGGGGCCGCACCGGCGCAGCUCCGUCCCUGUGGCCGGAGCCGAAGGGUUAAAGGAGCCCUGGGGCAGGCCGGGAGCGCGGGGCGGGGAGAGGGGCGACGGGGCGGCGGCGGCUCCCGGCAACGGCGACACCGAGCGCGGCCGCAUCGCGGACCCGACCCCCAUCCCCGUCCCGACCCCCAUCCCGGUCCCCCCGAGCUCCACGCUGACCGCCGGCCCGGAGGAUGGACCAGUCGGUGGCCAUCCAGGAGACGCUUCUCGAUGGGGCGACGUGUCGAAUCGCCGUGCAAGGAGCCGUGGCUGCGGGGCAGAGCGUGGAGAGCCGGCUGCUGGGCCUGGUGGAGCGCGGCGGGCAGCACGCGAUCUACGUUUACACCCACCGGCGGAUGGCCAUCGCUGCGGAGGACGUGUGGCUGGAGAGGGUUAUCCCCAUCUCAGAGGGGUUUGCAGUGGAAGAAGUGAUACCUGAUGGUGACCUUCACGUCAUUGGUUCAGAUGUGACCGUUCGGAUCCGCUCCCAAGGCGAUGGGCUCACAGUGCAGCUGCCUUUUGGUUCACACACCCGCACGUUCCUGCAGGAGGUCAGCAAGUGCAGCACAGAAGCGGUUGGCUCUGAAGGCAUCAAGCAGAAUGGAAAGAAGCUUGCAGUCAAUCCAGGCUGGAGCCAGGACAGCACUGACAGGGGUGCUCCCAGGCAAAGCAAACUCAAACCAGAGGUGACAACAGAAAUGGUGCAGUCCUCCAGCAUGAUGGUCUCAAACAUGGCUUCAGUCUUAGCAGAAUCAAAGUUUGGGCUACGAGAUACUAUUGUCAAAUCUGAGCUUGUGCAAAGGGAGGAUUCCUACACGUACAUCCAGAACUUCAGGUUUUUUGUUGGGACUUACAAUGUGAAUGGUCAGUCCCCCAAAGAAAGCCUCCAGCCUUGGCUGAGAUGUGAUUCUGCACCUCCAGACAUUUACUGUGUUGGUUUCCAGGAGCUUGAUCUGAGUAAAGAAGCCUUCUUUUUCAAUGACACACCGAAGGAAGAAGAAUGGUUUAAAGCUGUAACUGAUAGCCUUCACCCAGACGCCAAGUAUGCAAAGGUGAAACUUGUGCGACUCGUGGGAAUAAUGCUUCUGUUGUAUGUGAAAGCAGACCUUGCUUUGAACAUCUCUGAGGUGGAAAUUGAGACUGUGGGAACUGGCAUCAUGGGGAGGAUGGGUAACAAAGGAGGUGUUGCCAUAAGGUUUAAAUUCCACAACACAAGUGUGUGCGUUGUGAAUUCUCACCUUGCUGCUCACACAGAGGAAUAUGAGAGGAGGAACCAGGACUUCAAAGACAUUUGCUCUCGGAUGCAGUUCUGCCAAUCGAAUCCCAGUUUGCCACCUCUCACUAUCAGCAAACACGAUGUGAUCUUGUGGUUGGGUGACCUCAACUAUCGGCUGGAGGAGCUGGAUGUGACGAAAGUGAAGCAGCUUGUAGAUGAGAAAGCAUUUUCAGAGCUUUGCCAAUACGACCAGCUGAAGAGGCAAAUGAAUGCAAAAGCUGUCUUUGAAGGCUUUACAGAGGGAGAGAUUUCUUUCCAGCCAACAUACAAAUACGACGCUGGCUGUGAUGAGUGGGACACGAGUGAGAAGUGCCGUGUUCCAGCUUGGUGUGAUCGGAUACUGUGGAAAGGGCAGAAUGUUGCUCAGCUGAGCUACCGCAGCCAUAUGGCUCUGAAGAUCAGCGACCAUAAGCCAGUUAGCUCCGUGUUUGAUAUUGGGGUGAAAGUUGUGAACGAGGAGCUCUACCGAAAGGUCUUUGAGGAAAUCGUGCGCUCCCUGGAUAAGGUGGAGAACGCCAACAUUCCCUCGGUGACCCUCUCCCAAAGAGAGUUCCACUUUGAGGACGUCAAAUACAUGCAGCUGCAGGUAGAGAAGUUUACAAUCCGCAAUGGACCAGUGCCCUGCCAGUUUGAAUUUAUCAGCAAACCAGAUGAGGUUACCUACUGCAAGGAGUGGCUGAUGGCUAAUCCUAGUCAAGGCUUCCUGCUGCCAGGUUCUGAGAUCACAAUUGAGUUGGAACUGUUUGUUAAUAAAUCAACAGCUACACACUUGAACUCUGGAGAAGAAAAACUUGAAGACAUUUUGGUCUUGCAUCUCGACAGGGGGAAGGAUUAUUUUCUGUCUGUAACAGGAAACUACUUGCCCAGUUGCUUUGGGUCUCCCAUUCAUACGCUGUGUUACAUGAGGGAACCGAUCCAAGACAUGUCUGCAGAAUCCAUUCGGAAUCUUACCCUGAUGCCACUGGAAAUGAGUGAUAGUGCUACUCAAGCUGAAAAGCCUCUGGAAAUUCCCAAAGAGCUGUGGAUGAUGGUGGAUCACUUAUACCGCAAUGCUUCCCAGCAGGAGGACCUAUUUCAGCAACCAGGCCUCAGGUCUGAAUUUGAGCAGAUCCGAGACUGUUUGGACAAAGGAAUGCAUGAUACCCUCCUUGGCAGCAACCACUCGGUAGCAGAGGCGCUGCUGCUCUUCUUGGAAAGCCUGCCAGAGCCAGUCAUCUGCUACAGGUACUACAGCAGCUGUUUGGAGUGUGCCAACAACUACCUGCUGAGCAGCCAGAUUAUCUCUAACCUGCCAGAGUGCCAUAAAAAUGUGUUUGAAUAUCUAAUGGCAUUUCUACGAGAACUACUGAAAAAUUCAGGGAAGAACAAUUUGGAUGUGAAUAUUCUAGCUAGUAUAUUUGGUGGCUUGUUACUUAGACCUCCUCCUGGACAUCCUAUGCCUGAUAUAACAGAAAAGAGGAAAGCUCAGCAAUUUAUCCAUCAGUUCCUCCUGAAAGAGAACAAUUUAUCGUGACUUUCAGAUGCAGCUAAUCUGACUUUUAGAUAUGAAACUACUGUAAAGAAAAAAAUGUACAGUAUAUCAGUUUUUUUUUUUUUUUUUUUUUUAAAUCACAGUAUUUUAUACAAUCUUUUGCUAUUAAAUGCAGCUCAGGCAUUUAGAAUCAGGUGUCACUGUUAAUAAGCUGUAAAGUAUAUUGAAUCUAAAUAAGCUGUACGUAGACAAGCAAAAAUAUAAAAGCUGAUAUUUACUCUUGUAUUUAACUUGUAUUAAAGCACAGAAUUUUUAAGUCCUUAUUAUUUAAAUAAAAACAUC